AUGAGCAAACAGAACAACCAGAAUCUGGCUGUAACAGCUGGAAAAGUACUGCUUGGAAUAACUGGAUCCGCUGUCGCAGUAUAUCUCGGGCUACGUUUAUACUAUAAUGACCGUGGCAUUUUUACAACACGCCGUGAAGAUCUGAAAUACCUCCCAAACUACGAUCCAAUCUUUGGGCAUGCUCUGAACGGUCUCAAACAAGUCAACUACCGAAUGGAGCAGGCUUUGGAAGAUGCAAAGAAAUAUGGACCCGUGUAUCAAAUCACAGUCCCAGCUCUGUCAGUGAUUGUGUCCACCAAUGUCGAGGAUCUUCAACAUGUUUACGCUGAUCCGUACAAGUAUACGAAAGCUUUGAAGCCUGCUGAUGCUGAUCAGUUUCAUCCCUUGUUGGGAGAAGGGAUUUUCAAUGUUGAUGGAAACGCAUGGAAGGUUCAACGAAAGAUCGCAGCAAACCUCUUCACGGCCAAGAACUUUAAAGAUAAUUUCGCAAAUAUCUUUUUGGAUGAGGUGGAUCAUAUCUUGGACCAUUUGCAUAAUGCCGAGGGUGCUGGUUUGGUGAUCGAGAUUCAGGACUUGUUGCUUAGAUCUACUUUAGACGCAUUCUGUCUUUUGGCUAUGGGUCAAAACGUCGGUGCUCUCAAAAUGAAGGCGUCGGGAAAGAAUGGUGUUUAUACAUUCGAGCCAAGCGAAUUCAUGACUGCCUUCGACGGCCUGAACGAGGUUUUGACACGACGUCUGCCUUGGUAUCAAUACACAGAGUUCUUUGGCUCUGAAGCUGGUUACAAGGUGAAGCUGUAUACCAAGGUCAUCGACACCUUUGCAGAAAAUAUCAUCAAGGGCAAGAAGAAGCAAGUUGCGGAGGCUACGAACAAGGGAAAUGAUUUACUGGAUCUGUUUAUGACACAUGGCAACGAAGACGGCUCAGAACUAUCAAACAGACAACUGCGAGAUAUUUGCUUGAACUUUGUUAUCGCAGGUCGCGAUACCACAGCUCAAACUACUACAUGGGCAUUACGUGAAAUUGCUCAGAGGCCCGACAUUGAAGCCAAAAUGAUUGAAGAAAUAAAACGUGUCUUGGGACCUAAUGGGCGAGCUACCCACGAAGCAUGUCGUGAUAUGAAAUAUGUUACGGCCGUCUUCAUGGAGACUACAAGGCAUCUUUUGUUAUACCCAAACGUGCCUGAAUCUGGCAAAUUCGCCACUCAAGAUGAUGUGCUUCCUGGUACGAAUACCAAGGUCCGCAGAGGAGAGGUGGUCGCUUGGAGUUCUUGGGUUCGUGCUCGCUUGCCAGAGAUAUGGGGCGAUGAUUGUUUAGAGUUUAAACCCGAGAGGUGGAUUCUACCAGAUGGAUCCAUUUACAAACCAUCGCCUGCCAAACAUCCUUCCUUCAACUUGGGACCUCGAAUAUCAAUCCAAGAAGCUGUCUGCUUCCUCUCAAGUAUCUUGAGAUCUUAUCAUUUAGAACUUACGAAUGAAGACGAUCCAAAGCACUGGGGUGAAUGGAAUGAGAAUCCAGCCUUGAGAAAAGGCAGAUAUGGAAACCACGUCACGUUAUCGCUUAGAGGUGGUUGUGAAUUCAAGGUACACAAGAGGGUGUGA